CUGGCUGUGAAUACGGAACUGGAGGUGAGUGUUCUACGCAAUGAAGCGGUUUUAAUCCUCCUCCUUAGGUCUUUCUAGCCGCCAUCCUUUGGCUGAACUACAAGUGGCCGCAGCGCAAGCACUUGGCCUUGAAUAUGAUGCAGCCCAUACGCUUCGACCUGAUGCCCUUUAUGUUCCUGUUCACGGUGGUCAGGGGCUUGGAGGAUGGUCCGCCGGUUAUGCGUAUGCUGGUCAAUGCUCCGGCAUUCCGGAAGCGGGCACUCAGCAUCCUGAAUGAUAUCAAGGGAUCGAGGACCAGGUAUCAGGGACGGUACGGGGAUAAUGCCCGCACCUGGAUCUACGACCGAAGGGCGCCCCAUCAUCACGGCUCCAAGUGCCGGCAGAUGCAGUUCCUCAACUGGGACUCCUUUGUGCGUUAUCUCACAUGGCUGCAGUCCGCCGGUUCGAAGCACUGGCUCUCCCUACGCACCAUCGACGAUCCCGAAGUUAAGUGCUGUCCCAUCGAGCGUCGCCGCUAAUUUAUGAUAUAAAUUAAAAAUUCCAGUGACUAGUGUCUCGUAAUAAAGGCCUAAAGCUAAUUUCAUUUUGAUAGUAA